AUGGAAUAUUCAGUGAAUAUAAACAGCGUGCUAAUACCACCAUCUGGUGGUCGGAACAAGCAUGAGGCAGAGGCAAAGACAGAGGAAGUGUUGUGUUGUCGUCUCCGAGAGGGAAUCUCAGGACUGCUCUCUCAAUGGAAUGCCCUUCAAAUGGCUGUUCAAAACCAGUGGGGCGGCUCCGAUUCCCUCCACAAAUCCCACCAACUUGCCGCCGAUAUCCUCACUUGGUUUUCUCAAUCCAAGACACCGGUCUCUAUGGAAGAUUUAGAGAGUCUGCUGCAUGAGAAGUUGCUAUUCACUUUCAAAACAGAUAUUGAGGAUGGCAGCAUAGAGGAAGUAGCAGAGCAAUUGAUGAUAAUGCAUGAAGAAUACUUGCGAGGAAAUCAUUAACCAGCAAAAGAAUGUAACGGAAAUUUGAGUCCAUGGUGCAGAAGCUUAUGCUCAUAGUUGACCGGUUAACGACAGUUCAAGCCUCUGGCCCUAGAUCUCACACUUAAUAUAUUGGCAGACUAACGAUA